AUGAACACAGGGGAGAAAUCUGAUAAAUGCUUGGAGCAUGGAACAAGCUUCGGUUUGAAAGGAGACCUUCCUGGCCAUCAACGAUCCCACACUGGGGAGAAACCAUACAAAUGCUUGCAGUGUGCAAAGAGUUUUACUCGGCGUUCACAGGUUGCUAUCCAUCAACGUAUCCACACUGGGGAGAAACCAUACAAAUGCUUGCAGUGUGCAAAGACCUUUACUUGGAGGCCAAACCUUAUUAUCCAUCAACGUAUCCACACUGGAGAGAAACCAUACAAAUGUUUGCAGUGUGGAAAGAGCUUUGUUGAGAAUUCACAGCGUACCAGACAUCUACGUAUCCACAGUGGGGAGAAACCAUAUAAAUGCUUAGAGUGUGGAAAGAACUUUGCUGUGGGUUCACAGCUUACUAACCAUCAACGUAUCCAUACUGAGGAGAAACCACAUAAAUGCUUGCAGUGUGGAAAGAGCUUUGCUCAUAGUUCAAAGCUUUCUAGACAUCAACGUACCCAUAGUGGUGAGAAGCCAUAUAAAUGCUUAGAUUGCGGAAAGAACUUUGGUGAGUCUUCACAUCUUUCUAGACAUCAACGUAUCCACAGUGGAGAGAAACCAUAUACAUGCUUAGAGUGUGGAAAGAACUUUGCUCAGUAUUCACAGCUUUCUAUACAUCAACGUAUCCACACAGGGGAGAAACCAUAUAAAUGCUUGGUAUGUGAAAAGAGCUUUGCUCAGUUUUCAACCCUUACAGCCCAUCAACAUAUCCAUACUGGGGAGAAACCAUAUAAAUGUGUUGAUUGUGAAAAAUGCUUUGCUCAGUGUUCAAAGCUCAGGGCCCAUCAACGUAUCCAUGCUGGGCAGAAACCAUAUAAAUGCAUGGAGUGCGGGAAGGGCUUUUCCUGGAGAACAGAGCUUAGGCUCCAUCAACGUAUCCACACUGGGGAGAAGCCAUAUAAAUGUUUGGAUUGUGAAAAGAGCUUUACUUGGAAUGCAAGUCUUAAGGCCCAUCAACGUAUCCACACUGGGGAGAAACCAUAUAAAUGUGUUGAUUGUGAAAAGAGCUUUGCUCAGAAUUCACAGCUUACUGCCCAUCGACGUAUUCACACUGGGGAGAAACCAUACAAAUGCUUGCAGUGUGCAAAGAGCUUUGCUCAUAGUUCAGCCCUUAGGGCCCAUCAUAUGAUCCACACUGGUGAGAAACCAUUUGAAUGCCUGGAAUGUGGAAAGAGCUUUGCUCGAUGUGACAGCCUAACUGCUCAUCAACGAAUCCACACUGGAGAGAAACCAUAUAAAUGCUUGGAGUGUGGAAAGAGCUUUUCUUCAAGAACAGAGCUUAGGAAACAUCAUCGUAUCCACACUGGGGAAAAACCAUAUAAAUGCUCAGAUUGUGAAAAGAGCUUUGCUCGGAGUGAUGAUUUUAGGGCCCAUCAACGUAUCCACACUGGGGAGAAACCAUGCAAAUGCUUGCAGUGUGGAAAGAGCUUUGCUAAGUUUUCAACACUUAGGGUCCAUCAACGUAUCCACACUGGUGAGAAAUCAUAUAAAUGCUUACAGUGUGGCAAGACCUUUGCUCGGAGUGACAACCUAGCUUCACAUCAACGAAUCCACACUGGGGAGAAACCAUAUAAAUGCUUGGAGUGUGGAAAGAUCUUUGCUCGGAGGAACAGCUUAUCUGCUCAUCAACGAAUCCACACUGGGGAGAAACCAUAUAAAUGCUCUACUUGUGAAAAGAGCUUUACUCAGAGGUCAACGCUUAUGGCCCAUCAACGUAUCCACACUGGAGAGAAACCACAUAAAUGCUCAGAUUGUGGAAAGAGCUUUGCUCAGAGUUCACACCUUAUUGCUCAUAGACGAAUACACACAGUGGAGAAACCAUAG